UUCAACUCAGGCUAAGACAAACAGAAGGUUGAGGACGGUGCGUCAACAUAGACUAAUUUGUUGUUCUUACUCUUUUCUGAGACAACUUGUUUUCUGUCAUGUCAUUUCGUAGGGAAACAAUACGCAAAAUGCUUCCUAAGAAAUAUCUUCGCAAACAUGUGGCCCAUGAAAUCCAUGUUGCAAUUACUUACUUUAAAAACCUUGUGCCGGUGAUGGAUAGAUAUGUUUACAAUGAUGGAACUGCAAAGAACAUGAUGUCUCUUACAGGAACUGUACCCGUCGUGAUUUCAGACAGGACAUACAACAUUCCCAUUAGUCUUUGGAUUGAGGAAAACUACCCCCUUGUGCCUCCCGUCUGUUAUGUAAACCCCACACGGGAGAUGAUGAUCGUCAGAGGGAAGUAUAUAUCAAGCAACGGUGAAGUCCAGCUGCCCUACUUGGAUAGUUGGAAUGGUCAGUGUGACCUGGUGAGUCUGCUGCAGGUGAUGGUUGCCAUGUUUGGAGAGUUCCCUCCUGUGUGCAAGCAGCCUUAUCCAGGACAUGAGCAAACCUCCUGUUCUCAGCAGCUACAGAGAAAAGCAGAUGGAAGUGUAUAUUUGUCUUUAUCCAGAGAAGAUGAUCAACCUUUCAAGCAAGAAAAUGAAACCAGCUGUUAAUUACAUGUUUUGUAAAAUAAGGUUAUGUUGUGUAAAGUUGGUGGCAUAUUGCCAUUUUUUUUACUGUUUGUGAGUGAUACCUGUUUGACUUUACAGCUAAAUAUUUGGUUAGUUAAGCAAAUAACAGCAUAUAAUAUAUCAUUAAAAAAUAAUUUUGUUAGACUUCACCAAGUUAAUUUUUGAGUUUUGGUGGAAAUUAAAUGAAUUUCACUUUUUAAAAAAGUAUGUCACUCACGUGUUUAUUAUUGCUAACUGUCUUGAACGGCCUUACAAGCAGCUCAUAAAACUGCACCCACAGGUCAGUUCUGUGCAAUCAUCUGAAGUCAUUUGGACUUUUGAACGAAUUAUAUGGAGAGGCAAAGCCCUUCAAAACGAUAUAAGCAGGUUAAUUAAAAACCUCUCACAACAGCCAGUCACAAGAUUGUUUAUCAUAACAGAUCAGCUUUCAUUUGUGGACAUUUUGUGAAGUGUGUUAAUUCUUUAAAGAUUUUGCAAUGUUUUUUAAAUACAAAACACAUAAUUUAAAUCCAAACUUAUUGACAGCCUGAUAAUACUGCUCCUGGGGACUGUAUUGAAUUAUUUGUAACUUUUUAACACCCAAAAUAAAGUCAUUUGCCAAACACAUA